AUGGGCACAAUCUCUAUAAGAAAGUUCAUUCGCUGGCUCCCCGACGAACCCAGCGAACCAACAACAACCCUCGUAAUCACAAGCCCACGACUUAAACGCUUCGUCGAUCUACGAAUCCUCUUAUCAGACGAUGACUCAACUGACAUCCUACCUUUUUCCCGUCUGGACUGGGCUAUAGCAGGUACAACAGUGUCAACCCAGAAACCAGACGCUGAAGGUGUUUUGACUUCUCACUCAACCUUUAUCCAAUGGAUAUCCUCGCGUGAACUGGGAAACGACGCUGGCUUCAUGUAUCCGCAACCCGGCGAAGACCUCACGCUUGAAAAGGGCAGCAUGGUGAAUCCGGACACAGGUAUUGACACAGCGUAUGAAGAACUCUGGCAUGAUGCUACGCCUACUGCUGUGCCAGGUGAACCAGACGUCAGAGUGUUGGUUCUGCAGACUGAUGAUGAAGAGAAGGGUGCGAGAGGGUGUGUUGUGAGGCUGGGAAGGUACGCGCAGGGACUGAUCAGGGUUGGUGAGAAAAUUGCGUUGGAGAGGUGGGAGUGGACGGAAGGUGGAUGGAAGAGAACGGUUAGGAUGGGCGACGAAGAAUUACCUAUUGGGAAGAUCUUGGGUGAGGAAACGUUGGAUGAGGAUGAUAGUGUCAAUGUCGGUGGAAGAACAUGGACUGUCAUUGAAGCGAGUGGUAAAACCAGUUCAAAGUAA